AUGGUUGCCUAGCAGCAGCGUGUGUUGCAACUUGGACCGGUCGGCGGCAGAGUGCGAGCAAUGCCCAAGAAAGCGGUGGUCACCAUACGCUAUGGGCCCUACAGCGCGGUGGGCCUGGCCGUGGAGCACCGCACUUUCCGCCUGGAGGGCCUGCAAGUCGUUUUGAAGAAAGAUGGACACCAGCUCAUCCUGGAGAAGAUAGACGACUGGAACACGGUGGAGCUGGUGGUGAACGGGGAGGUGGUGUUCCACUGCAACAUUGAAGACCUGGAGUUCGGAGGUGAUGGGAAACUGGAUGCCCUGUGCGAAGAGGCGAGGAUAGCCGUACUGAAUGCCUACUGAUCUCGUGGUCUUGGGGCCUGCCGGCAACAGUGGCCCCGGUGGGGCACAGGCUGCGGACCGUGCUGGCUAGCAGAAGGCAGCAUCAGUCCGCCCUCAGCAUGUGCUGCAUUGAGUGUGCACAGAGGCCUGCACACAUAAUAAAACCACAUCCUGUGCAGCGUCUCCCCAUCGUGACCCACAGGGAGAGCCGCCAAUAUCAGGUGCACGUUGAGCUGUAGGAAAUAAUAAAUGCAAUCUAAUAACAAA